GGCGUGUUUCCGGAAGACGUGGCUGCUGGCGGCUGUGACAGCUGUCAGAGGGUUCAUUUUUGUUAAACCGCAAAUAUUUCUGGUUAAUGUGCCUCGAACAAUUUAUCCAUCGUCAAAAUGAUCUCUCUUACGGAUUCACAGAAGAUAGGGAUAGGACUGACUGGUUUCGGAGUGUUCUUUCUCUUCUUUGGGAUGAUCCUGUUCUUUGACAAAGCCCUCCUGGCUAUUGGAAAUAUCCUCUUCGUAGCGGGGCUCGCCUUUGUCAUCGGGCUCGAGAGAACGUUCCGGUUCUUCUUCCAGAAGCACAAGAUGAAGGCCACCAGCUUCUUCCUGGGUGGUGUGCUUGUGGUGCUCAUCGGCUGGCCCAUCAUAGGCGUGGUGCUGGAAGUCUACGGCUUCUUCCUUCUGUUCAGGGGGUUCUUCCCAGUGAUAGUGGGCUUCAUCAGGAGGAUACCUAUCCUGGGCUCUAUCCUGAACUUCUCCUUCCUCAGUGGGUAUGUGGACAAACUGGGCGAGAGUAAUACCAUGGUAUAACAGGGACUUUUUGUGUCCUGAAAUUUCAUUUAUUUUUAUUUAUCAUACAGCAGUUUUACAAAGCAAUGCCAAUCAUCCACAUGGUCAACCACUGGCUUGCAUCAGAUCUUUUUACUAAGGGUUUAUAUAUGAAGACUCUCAUCCCACUUCAAGGGAAAGGCCUGCAUUUUUGUAUCAGCCAUUUUUAUUGGCUGACUGUCCCAAUAAAGCGUUUAUGUUGCCAUGGAACACUGUUACUUACCAAAGGAUCUGAAGCCGGUUACCUGGGUCCAGCAAGACAUCCUGCAUGUCAGUGCUCUCCCCAACGAGUUGACUCUCCAAAGAAGCCCUUCUGAACUAAGAACUGUAUCAGCUCAGCUUUGCAGUGUGGCAUGGGUAGGGCUGCUGGCUGUGUACUACAGUGGAGGACAUCCCCAGGAGUGGGCCUGUUCUUAUCCUCUACAAAUGCAGCCUUUCCUACCUCAAUCAUCUGACAUGAUUAGAUCGGCAAAGCAUUUAGAUUGGUAAAACACAGGUUUUUUUCCUUUUUUGUAGGAAGGGUGCGUUUGUAGAUAAUUCCAACAGCCAGCUCUGGUCGUAAUAUAAUGGUGCCUGUGCUUUAACUCUAACUGGGAAGGGGAAAUUCCUCUGUUUUUUCUCAAAGCUGUGCCACAUGUGACUCGGUGGCACAUAGUCAGUUCUAAUCGUUCAUUCAUUGAAUUAUGAUGACUGACAAGGUGGUGGGUGCGGGGUUUUUUUAACAUUAGGCUACUGUUUGACUUUUAGCAUUUAGCCUAAAGCUAUUUGGAUGGAGGGUAGGCCUACUGAAUAGUCAGGUGUGAUCUGAAAAUGCUUUGACAAUGUUUAACUGCUGGGCACUUUUGUAAAUAGUCUUUAAAAAG